UGUCUUUGGUACCUGCGGGCUAAUUAUCUUAGCUAGCAGCUUUACCUUUAGUCACUCCUCUUCAGGCAUGAGUGGGAGACUAAUUAUAUUUUAUUUUCAAGUAGGUAUGCAGUUGUCUUUCAAAGAAGCGAUGGACAUCGUUGGCUUGGUUUUAGUAUUUUAAACUGUUAAUAGCGUUUUGCUGAGUUCGUUUUGCGUGUAACUGAAGUGGAAAAGACAAAGAGAAAAUAGCUUUCCAGCAGCUAGAAUGGUUUGGGCCUAAAAACAAGACAAGAGGUAUAGAAGAGAGUGGAAGAUGGACAGAUAUUAUUGCCAGUGGUGCAAGAAGGCACAGCAACAUGAACUGUGAGGACCGGAAUGUGCUCCGAAUGAAAGAAAGAGAAAGGCGAAACCAAGAAAUACAGCAGGGGGGAGAGGCAUUCCCAGCAAAUUCACCUCUUUUUCCUGAACCCUACAAAGUUUCUAGCAAGGAAGACAAACUGUCGAGCCGUAUUCAGAGCAUGCUGGGCAAUUAUGACGAGAUGAAAGAGCCAAUUGGAGGAGACACUCUUCCAAAGCUUGGCGGUAAACCUUCAAACAGCUCAUCUUCCUCUGAGGAGAAAUCGGGCGUGCCAUUGUUUGGUGCAGACCAGCGUGGAGUUGGUGGCGGCGGCAGCAGCCAGAGUAGUAAAUGGACGCCUGUUGGCCCUGCAGCAAGUGGUUCUUCAUCUCAGUCCCAAAAACGCUCAGGGCUUGGCCAUGGUAGCCAAAGGGGCAACAGUGGCAGUAAUGCCAGCAGUAGUCAAAGGCAUGGUGGAGAGGUGCGUGAAAAGAAGUCAAGUAAACACAGUGUAGGGUCCGAGCACUCAAAGUCCCACACAUCAAGCCCAGCAAAGGGCUCUCUGAACUCUUCAAAUAACAGUCACUCCCGCACCUCAUCUGCCGAACAGCAUCACGGCAAAGAGCAACGAUAUCGCUCCAAGUCUCCGAGAGAAGCCAGUUGGGAUUCUCCCUCACGCGUUCACACCUCCUUCCCCAGUGGACAGCACUCGAGUCAGGCUUUUCCCCCAUCUCUUAUGUCUAAACCAAGCUCCAUGCUCCAGAAACCCACAGCCUAUGUCCGGCCUAUGGAUGGCCAGGAAACAGCAGAGCCAAAGACCUCCCAAGGAGAAAGCUACAGCGGACAGUCGCACACCAACACCAUGGGAGAGAUGAAGUCCAACGGCAAGGCCUCAUUGACCAAACUAAAGAUUCCCUCACAGCCUGUAGAGGGUUCUGGUGACGCCAACUGUGUUGAUGAGAUUUUAAAGGAAAUGACUCAGUCAUGGCCCCCUCCUUUGACAGCCAUCCAUACCCCUUGCAAAACAGAACCCUCCAAAUUUCCAUUCCCAACUAAGGACUCACAACACUCAGGUUUUUCAAGUGGACACAAGAGGGGCAGUUCUUCCAAGAGUUCCACCAGCCAUCAGUCCAAGACCUGUGAAGACCAGCCGAACAUGUUGGAAGAUGACCUGAAGCUCAGCAGCAGUGAGGACAGUGAUGGAGAACAGGGCUCUGCAAAGAAUGCCUCAAGAAACACAUCAGCAAGUAAUAACAGUGAAGGACUUGAACAAUCAAGGGAUGACUCCAGUAGCCACAGCGGCUCAGAGACCAGCUCUGGCUCUGACAGCGAGAGUGAAAGCAGCUCCACAGACAGCGAAGCCAAUGAGCACCCUCGCCCUGCGUCUCCUGAACCUGAGCAGCCCAUGGCCAACAAGUGGCAGUUGAACAACUGGUUCAAACCGAAGCCAUUUUCUCCAGCUUCUCCAGUGGACAACAGUAACGGUCCAACCAAAUGCAAGAAGGAGGGCCGAGAUAACAGCUCAGGACGUGGGUACAGCAGCCAGGGAGGGGGCUCAAAAGACUCUGCAACCCCCACCCCAAGUAGGGACCUCCGGGCAGCACAAAAGGGGGCAGAAAGUGGCCGCGGACGGCAAAAAUCCCCCGCUCAAAGUGAAGGUGGCACAGGUCAAAGGAGGACUGUGGGUAAAAAGCAGCCUAAAAAGUCUGAAAAGCCCCCUGUGGUUGAAGAACCCAAGGGAGGUUUGAGAGUCGAGAGUGAACCAGCUGCAGAUAUACCGCCUCACAGGGCAAAAGCUGCUACAAAGGGUUCCCGCAAACCAAGCAUCAAAAAGGAACCUAAAUCCUCCCCAAGGCCUACAGCAGCUGCUGCUACGACCACGGUGGAUAAGCGCAAAACCAAGGCACCUACCAAGACUUCCCAGAAGUCUCGUGAAUUUGUCAAUACGGACUCUUCGUCAUCAGACUCUGAAGGGAAUGACAGUAUUCCAUCAUCAUCACAAACACCCAAAUACUCAGAAAGUAUUAGGACUCCUGUAUGUAUGUUCUCUCUCAUGGAAGAGAAAGAACUGUUGUCUCCGCUCAGUGACCCAGAGGAGCGCUACCCUGCGAGGCAGCAGCAGGUUUUACUUGUGAAGAUAGAUCUGAGCUUGCUGUCAAGAAUCCCCGGGCGGCCGUACAAGGAGCCAACAGAGAUAAAAGUGGAGAGGGAUGACUCUCUAGACAGGGACAGUAAAGAAUUCAGUAAACAGAGCUCUGAGAAGAGUUCCAGCAAGGGCAAGAGAAAACACAAGAAUGAGGAAGACGGCACCAAGACUGAGAGUAAACGAUGCAAACUCGAGGAUAAGUCUUUGUCUCACCAUAAAAACAGUAGUAAAGAGUCUAAAAGGUCUCUGGAAAAGAAAGAGGAUCCUGCACCUUCUCCUUCCAUGUCUAUUCUUCAGCGGACACCUAAGACGGAACAUCAAAGUCGAAAAAGGACAGUCAGCCAGUCCUCCACCUCCUUGUCCAGUGGGACUGGCAGUGGGAAGGAAGGAGGCCACAGCACAAAAGGCAGCUCCACCUCCAAACACAGAAAAGGAGAGGACAAGAGCCGCAGCACUCGCGAUACCAAGGAAAAAUCCUCAAAGGGCUGUGAUAACCAGCUGGCUGUGCCUCCACUCUCCACAGAUGGCUCAAAGUCCCAGCGAUCCAAGCUGGUGUUUGAGGACAGGGUCCAUUCAGCAGAUCAUUACUUACAAGAAGCCAAGAAACUGAAACAUAAUGCCGAUGCACUGAUGGAUCGUUUUGAAAAGGCGAUUUACUACCUGGAUGCUGUUGUGUCGUUUAUUGAAUGUGGUAAUGCUUUGGAGAAGAGUGCUCAGGAGGCCAAGUCCCCCUUCCCCAUGUACGCUGAAACUGUGGAGCUAAUCAAAUACACUAUGAAGUUAAAAAGCUACAUGGCGCCUGAUGCUACAUCAGCAGACAAGCGGCUAGCUGUACUUUGCCUACGAUGCCAGUCUCUCCUCUGCCUGCGCUUGUUCAAGCUGAGGAAAGACAGCGCACUAAAAUACUCCAAAACACUGACAGAACAUUUAAAGAAUUCCUUGAGUAACACUCAGGCUCCCUCUCCUGGAAUGGGAAAUAAGGCAGCAGGUAUGCCCUCUCCAGUGUCUCCCAAACUGUCACCGGGCACAGCCGGUGGUUAUUCAUCAGUCAGCAGCAGUACCAGCAGCAGUACAUCUGUGACAAUACCUCAGCGUAUCCACCAGAUGGCUGCAAGUUACGUUCAGGUCACUUCCAAUUUUCUGUAUGCCACAGAGGUCUGGGACCAGGCGGAGCAACUAGGCAAGGAACAAAAAGACUUCUUCAUGGAGCUGGACAAGGCGAUGGGUCCUCUGAUUUUCAACACCAGCACCAUGACUGAUCUGGUGCGCUACACACGGCAGGGCCUCCACUGGCUGCGGUUGGAUGCAAAGCUUAUUCCCUAACGAGGCCUCACUCUCGGCACACCGCCUCCAGGAACACAGACCUCAGCAACACACACACGCACACACACGUUCUAUAUGCACACACAGGCAACCUCUGGUCCUCCAUGUACACACUUGUGAUAAACUCUUAACACUGUGCCCAUUUUCUACACCAGCUUGCCAAAAACACUGAGCAUGAUACCUUCUACAGCGCCACACAAUGAGAAGCAUCGUAACUGCAGUGCAGGAAUAAAGAGCUUAUUGCUGUGCUACAUCUCUCAGCAUUCUUAUCAAAUCUCUGACAGAAGGCUGUGGUUUUAUCAUGGAAUCAUUUGAAAAAUAAUUUGAUUCUGCUGGGCUACUUUGGGUUUUAACAUUAUUUGUUUUUUUGUUUUUUUUUACCAAAGUACCUCCCAUAAACACCAAAGGUGCUUUAAAAUGAAGGUUUCUCUUUAUCAUUUUUGUGCCUUGUAUGUGAGCUACAGGAAAACAAAUAAUCAUUUGACAUAUCUAAAAAAAAAUUUUCCCCUCUCUUUUUGCAGAAGUCAUUUUAUAGAUUUACACUUUUUGUGGUUGGUGGAAAGGGGCAACAGAUUAAUUAAUUUUAUUUUGCUGCAGUUUAAGUUUAAGUGAACUAUUCCACAUGUAAUCAAUCUUUUUUUUUUUUUUGCAGACCUGCAACACAGCUAAUUUACAACAUACUGAUUCAUAUUUACUUCAAACUCUUUAGGUGCAAAAACAGCCACAAAAUAUAGGGAACAUCAUCAAGUAGUACUGUGCACAGCUGAUUAAUUCCGAUGGCACACAAAGAUUUAUAAAUGGGUUUUAUUUGACUUUUUUCUUUUUUUUUUUAAAUAAGUGUGAACUUCUUUUAUUCUGUGGGCACAAGCACAGUGCUCUCAGGGUG